GCGACGAACAGUAGCAGGAGGAGCAGCGGAGAAGGAAAAAACAAGUUGUGUUGGUUAGCGUGGAGGCAGUGACGCGCUUCCAACUGGUUGGGUCUGUUCCGGGGCUUGGCUUGGCGGCUGCAUCUACCUGAAAAGGGACAACCUUUUUUCCUCCUUUUCUGAGCUCCACUUCAGAGGUCGACCGUCCUUCAGCGCUAGCAGGAAAGAGGAAGACUAGCCAGCGCGGCGACAACAACCCCCAUACAAUGAUGCCUCUUGUCUUGGGUUUCUGGCUUGAUGAACGCACCUGCAAAAGGACUGGGUAAAUUCACUAAGCACAGAUCUCUGACUGAAAACGGUAAUGAGCCGUGACACAGCCAUGUCAGCAGGCCGCAGAGAGGAUGAGCUGUGUGAGGGGCCGAUAAACCACACACCAAACAAUGAGCAGGAGGAGGUGCCUGCACCACCUGAUCCACCAACGGGAAAGGAAGUGAUGUCACCAGGUGCAGCAGAGCAAGAGCAGCUGGAGGAGGGGGGCUGUGAGCAUCCACACCAGGUUGCCUCAGCAAUGGGACAGUCCUGUCCGCCUGACCCGCAAAUAGGACAGGAAGUGAUAUCAUCAGCUAAAAAGGCUCAUGGACAGAGACCCAGCUAUGAACGCUCACCUGUGAGUCCAGUGAGGAGAGAGAGGACGUCAGUUUUAGGCUUAUCUGUGUGUAUCAGAGCAGUACGUACAUGGCCUCUUGCCAGAACCAUCAGCUCUUACCCAGUCAAGAGAGGACAGCUGGAGAAACCUCAGAGUGGGCCUUUCUACUUCUUUGGAGGAGCAAAUGGAGCAGAUAUUGUGUGCAGUUACUGUGAAAGCAAAGGCUGGACAAGGAUCUAUAACAAACAACGAGAAGAUUGCAGACUCAAGUGGUGUGAGUCCAGGUCCCCAGCCAACUACAGCAACUUCAGACCAGGUGAACAGUUAAUUUUCCAGAUUCCAAAUAAUAACGUUCUGACCACAAAGAUUGGCCUUCUCAGCAGCCUCAGGGAGUACGAGAGAGUCAGCAGCAAAGUCAAGCAUGGUCAAGGCAUCAGAAGACUUCAAAUGGAUGAGUUUAUUCCGACCACAUACCGCAUGGACAUGAGAGAAGAGAGAGAAGCCUUUUUCUCACUGCAGGAAGGUUUGAGCAAAAACCAGAGGCACAUGUGGAUCUGUAAACCCACCGGCCUGAAUCAAGGGCGAGGGAUCUUUCUUCUGAAGAGCCCAGAGGAUGUGAGUGCAUUCAGACACAAACUACAGGAUGGAGAGGCUAAUCACAAAACACUGCACCACCACCGGCAGCCACAGAAGUACAUCGUCCAGAAAUACAUCCAGAACCCUCUUCUUCUAAAGGGCAGGAAGUUUGAUGUGCGGUCCUACCUGAUCAUUGCCUGUACCACUCCAUACAUAGUCUUCUUUCGGCACGGUUAUGUGCGCCUGACCUGUGACCUUUAUGACAUAAACACCAACAACAUGUCAACCCACCUUACAAACCAAUACGUGCAGAAGAAGAACCCUCUGUAUAGCCAGCUGAAGGAGGACACAGUGUGGUCCAUGGAUAGCUUUAACGCCUACGUAAAUGACAGGGUUGCAGUUGCUAAGGGCCUGCCCAGGGACUGGGUGCUAGGCCUCUUCACUAAACGUAUGCAGCAAAUGAUGACCCAGUGCUUCCUGUCAGCUAAAGCCAAACUGGACUGCAGACUGGGGUUCUUCGACCUGAUUGGCUGUGACUUCAUGAUUGAUGAGGACUUUAAUGUGUGGCUGUUGGAGAUGAACUGUAACCCAGCUCUUCACACAAACUGCUCAGUCCUGCAGGAGGUCAUCCCCAACAUUGUCCACGAGACUCUGGACUUGACAUUGGAGAUCUUUAACAAGUGUCGACGUGGACAAAGAAUCCUUCCCUUCUCCAGUCAGAAAGACUUUGUCCUACUCUUCAAAGGAGCGUUUCCACCUAAUGCAGUCCUCACAUGUAACAAGAGCACACCAACACACUGUGAUCUGUCCCAGAAGAAGAAGAGCCCAAAGGUGGUCCCCACAAGAUGGCAGCCAGACCUCCAGACUGAGUCUUGUGAAAUCUCUAAGGAGCUGAUUGCAGGAGGUGGUGGAGAAUGUAAUUCCAACCCUGUGCUGUUGACCUCACCUCCUCAGCCAAAUGUUAAUGACUCUAGGCCCAGGAAAAAGAAGGUCACACUGAUGUUUAGCACAAUACAGACCUCCACAGCAGGACCACCUGACCAUGUACAUGUUAGACCGCCUGAAUGUCCUGAAGCUGCAGCUAAAGUGAGAGUGGAAGAAGGGAAGGAAGAACAAUGACUCCUCAUUUGAAAAUCAGAAGCACUCAUGACAUGUUGACACCUGGCUCUGUUCAGACCGAAGCAGAAGUAGUAUGACCCUUUAAUUUUGUGCAGUUACAAUCUAUUAUUGUAAUCUG